CUUCCCGGAAGUGCGGCAGCGUGGCGGGGAGCUCGGCCCUCCAACUCCGGAGGCGCCCAGCGGGGGCGAGCGCGUGGAGAGGAGAAGCGGUUCCCGCCGAGACCUCGGUCCUCGGAGCCGCGGUGGGUGGGAGACGCGCAGAGGAAAGAGAGUUUGGCUGUCCCGCCGGCAAAAGUGUCGUUCCCUAGUCCCAAAGGGAGGGGCGAGAUGGCCGGGCUCCUGACUCCCCGGGAGUCCGCCAAGUUCAUUGCUGAAAACAGUCGAGACGUGUCCGUCGACGGCGGAGGCGUGCGGAGGGUGGCCGAGCUGCUGCUCGCCAAGGCCGCGGGGCCCGAGCUGCGCCUGGGCGGCUGGAAGGCCCUUCAUGAGCUGAACCCCAGGGCGGCCGACGAGGCCGCGGUCAACUGGGUGUUCGUGGCGGACACACUCAACUUCUCCUUCUGGUCGGAGCGUGAGGAGCGCAAGUGUCUGGUGGGCUACCGGGGCGGGACGUACAGCGGGUACUGGUCCCUGUGCGCCGCCAUCAACAGAGCCCUCGACGAAGGGAUACCGAUAACUAGCGCAUCGUACUAUGCCACAGUAGCCCUGGAUCAAGUUCGGCACAUACUCCGUUCUGACACGGAUGUUCCCAUGCCUUUGAUAGAAGAGAGGCAUCGGAUUCUCAACGAAACCGGGAAAAUCUUGCUUGAGAAAUUUGAAGGCUCUUUUCUUAAUUGUGUCCGAAAAAGCGAAAAAAGUGCACAGAAGUUAAUGCACCUGGUAGUUGAAAACUUUCCCUCUUACAGAGAUGUGACUGAGUUUGAGGGGAAAAGAAUUUCUUUUUACAAACGGGCCCAAAUCCUUGUGGCAGAUACGUGGAGUGUGUUAGAGGGAGAAGGAGACGGCUGCUUUAAGGACAUCUCAAGUAUUACCAUGUUUGCUGACUAUCGAUUACCUCAGGUUCUUGUUCACCUGGGAGCCCUGAAAUACUCGGAAGAACUACUGGAGAAGCUUCUCAAAGGAGAAAUGCUCUCGUAUGGAAGUAGGCAAGAAGUAGAAAUCAGAGGCUGCUCACUUUGGUGUGUUGAGCUGAUCCGGGAUUGUCUUCUGGAGCUUAUUGAAAAAAAGGGUGAAAAAAUGAGUGAAGAGAUCAAUUCCAUUCUUCUGGAUUAUUACUUAUGGGACUAUGCCCGUGAUCACAGGGACGAUAUGAAAGGAAUUCCAUUUCAUCGAACACGUUGCAUAUAUUAUUGACCCAAAGUGUAAAUUGACCCAAAGAAAACUGCUUGCAUUUUUAUAUCACAUAAUUGUUUAUACAAUUUCACUUUGAUAUUAAGAGAAAGUGGUAGGGUUACAGCAACAAGAACACUGAUUACCCAGUCUCACUUAAAAAUUUUCUCCUGACAUAUCACUCGGUAUUCCCAAAUUUAUCCUUUUUCUGCUUAUUUAGUUUGAUACUAUUUUUCCUCUUUGUGGACAUAUGACAGAAAUAGUGAAGGAACUUUAAUGCUUUAAAUCUCAGAUUUCUUAAAAUUAAUCAUGUCUUUUUAAAAAAUAUAUAUUUUAUUGAUUUUUUACAGAGAGUUAGAAACAUCGAUGAGAGAGAAACAUCAAUCAGCUGCCUCCUGCACACCCCCUACUGGGGAUGUGCCCGCAACCAAGGUACAUGCCCUUGACUGGAAUCGAACCUGGGACCCUUCAGUCCGAAGGCCGAUGUUCCAUCCACUGAGCCAAACCGGUCAAGGCUUAAUCAUGUCUUAUAAUUAAUCUUCAGUGACAGUAUUUCAUCUAUUUAAUUGGUAUCUUUUCUCAAGGUAUAAUUUUCUGUAUACCUUAAUCAUGAGAUAUGAGACAGGGGUGGGUCAGGUCUUUGCUAUAUAAUUGCUGCUGCUCUUAUAAAAUCUUUGCAGCUUAUUUUAAACUUUUUCUUGGUAAUGACGGUGGUGUGUUUUUUUUAAAAUAUAUUUUUAUUGAUUCAGAGAGGAAGGGAGAGGGAGAGAAACAUCAAUGGUGAUUUAGAAUCAUAGAUUGGCUGCCUCCUGCACGCCCCCUACUGGGGAUUGAGCCUGCAAACAGGCAUGUGUCCUUGACUGGAAUUACCUGGGACCCUUCCGUCUGCAGGUUGAGGCUCCAUCCACUCAGCCAAACCAGCCAGGGUGACAGUGGGUUUUGUACAUAAUGAUUUCAAUUUAGGAUAUCAGUCUGUCCAGUUUUAUUUUUCUUUCAGAGUAUGUAACUACAUUGAAAUUGAAUAAAGAUUUUAAAAACUU